GCUUCACUGUGCAGAAUGAUGUACUGUGGGCUCCAAAGGUCUGAGACCACUUAUGUGCAGAGUUUGACAUUGGAGGGCUCUUAUCUCAUCUGCAAAUAGAAAGUUUCUGUGUGUUCAAUGAAAAUCAGAUUUUAAGGAAUGGGCCUUCAAGCAUGAUUUGUGAUAUCACAAAUAGUUUUGAAGCCAAUCUUGGUCCAGUAUGCAACUUAUUACACAAGUGUGAUGUGGAAAUUGAAAGCCCCCUGUGCACAUAUGAGAAUUGACUUUACACUUAAGUAGGAAAUAUCUUGUGUCCAGCAGUUAAACGUGUGAAAUGAAACAUACAUUUGAUUCAUAGAUUCAUAGAUUCUGGGAUUCUUAAUGAUGGAGUACAUGCCGGGAUUUUAAAGUAAUUAUACAUUUUUACGGAGAAAAAGACAUGUCUACAGGGGAUUUUUAACAUGUUGUACUGCAAGUGAAAAUUAGGCCAACAGGGGGCUCCAUCGGACAUCCUCCCCAGUGCCCUGUAGAUGGCAUGCCCUGGUAGCCAUGGAAACUGUUUAAGCAACAAAAACAGAUAUUGACACUAGCUUUCACAAAAUAACAACUUAUACCCUUCACUGCCCCAGCUGUUGUGUAUGCCGAUCGACCACUUUGACAAGAUGGAAGAGCAGCAACCUUCAGCUAAUGUGAAUUUAACGAAUGAGUCGGCUCAACUUGUAAAAACCCUGCUGGACAGACACCGCCACGCUGUCAACAGAGAGCAGGAGAAAAACCUUCCUGACGACAAUGUGAAAAAUAUUCAUUGGGUCGCAAUCCAAGACUUCACAGUGGACGUGGGGAAAGAGCAGAUUAAGGAGUAUAUCCAAAGUUGGGAGCUACAACCCUGCUGGCGUUAUAGUCUGGACACCCUCUACUCCACCGAGGAUGAGCAUCACACUUUCUACCACUACCGGGCCCGCUUUAGCACCCCGACCCAACGAUCACCGAUCCAGGGCACGGCUAGUGUCUAUUUCGUUGUGGACAUAUCCAAAGUCAGACCCUGGAAUCUGCCAGUAGAGGUUUACUUCAUAGUGGAGUCAAACAGGCUGGUACACACAGCGGGGAGGAGCAGGUUCAGAGAGAAAUGGCUGGCAGAUGUGAUCAGGAGCAAGGCUCUGCUCCGAAGAGCCGUGGACCUUUAA